AUGGCCCAGAAACGGCACCUGGUCAGCUACGACUUCCAGCGGAUCCGGGCGCCUCUUGACCGGCCGCCAUUGGGCCCGCUGUCGCCGCGGGCGGUCUCGGACAGCGGCUUUCCAAACCGCCCCGACCUAUCUUUCCAGGACAACUUUGAUUUCUUCCCACCCAAGAAACACGCGUACUCGGCGCUCGGGCGGGCGGACCACGAUGGCGAAAUGACGCUGUUCAGCUUUUCUGAGGCCGACGACUCGGUGCUCCAGGUGGCGCUUCCUCGAAAACCACCGCUGGAUGUUUUGGACACUUUCAUCAGCCCCAAGGCGCUGCUCAGCGACGUCGACACGCUUCGGCUGGUGCUGCCGGCCAAAUCGCGGGCGCUGGGCGAGUCGAGCGCCAUCCGCAUUAUCGAAACCUAUGGCAGCACGGGCCUGCUUCGGCUGGAGAAGCUCAAACUCGAAGAGAAGGAAAACGAAGACAGGCAGAGAGCAGAGCAGGAGAGGAAGACAGAGCAGGAGAGGAAGACAGAGCAGGAGAAGAAGACAGAGCAGGACAGCAGACAGAAAGCAGAGCAUGAAGUCGUCAACGAAAGGCUCGAGCGGCCCGAAAGACUAGAAAAAAGACAUUCGAGAUCGACAGAAUCGCUGCCGUUGGAUGCACGGCCCCCGGCCCUCAAAACACACGCCCGCCACAGCUCCGAGUCUUCCACGGUCUCUCUCGGCUCGACGGCCAGCGGAAAAGCCAACUCGCAGCAGCGUUUUUUGCGCUACGCCAUGAGCACUCAGAGACUGGACACGCACCAACGCUGGCUGAUGCCCAAUGUGCUCGCGUGGCUCGACUCGCACGGCUUUUCCGACGAAUGGAAAGAAACGUUCCGCCGCAACGAGAUCUCGGGCAACAGGUUUCUCGAGUUGGGCAACUACGACGCCAGCUCGGCCGUGUGGCGCCUGAUAGCACUGCGCUUGGGCCACGACGAUCUUUCGGCCAGCGUUCCUCGCUUUCUUGCGUUGCUCCGCGCUGAGCUGGACGAUCCGUGCAUCCAGUCGCCAGACGAGGACUAUUCUGUUCCCGAGAGCCGAAAGUCGUCUGCCACGCUUUGGAUGCAGCCAUCGCCGACCGCCACAUCCAAGCCGCGGCCAUACUCGUACGUUGAUCCGCCCACUAAAUCCACGCCGCGUGAGUAUUUGCAUGGUCACAAGCUCUUCCGCAAACACAACCGUGCUGGGUCGUCGGACUCGGACACGUUGUCGCCGUAUUCGACUCCAGGAUCACGGAAAAGCGGGCUCUUUAGCACGCUUCGCAAAUAUGGCGGCGACAAGGCCGCUGGAUUGGUGAAACAGGUGCACUCGGGCACCGCCAAGCCCCAAAAGCCGCGGUCCAAGGAUAGAGAGUACGAGAGCGAGCGGGACAUUGAAAAAGAGCAUCAGCGGAACGAACACGAAAACACAUACAAGGAAAGCCCCAAGGAGAGUCACCGCGAGCUCUUUCGCGAGAAAGACAGAGAUCUCCGCGACAAGGACAGUACCAAGGAGAACGGGAAAGAUAGCUCCAAAGAGAGCUCACGGGAAAGCAUCAGGCAGAACAUCAAAGAGAGCCACAAAGAACGCGACGACAGAGACUUCAAGGAGAAAGAGCCGCGAGACAGAGAAGUCAAAGAGAACACUCGUGUUUCCAAGGGUAGAGAUGUUUUCGACUCCGGAGACCGGCCCAAGGAAAAACCAUCUGAAACCCUCGCCGCCCGCUUUUUGCCCAGGGAAAUGGGGUUUGCGCCCGACCUCACCCAUGUCUUGCUAACGCGGGACAACUGCACGUUUGUGGCCACCCGCAUCGACGCAAACCAGGAGUUUGCCAGCGUGCGUCUUGCUUUCAUCCGGGCCGUCGACAUCAUCGAUGUGGGUGCCAUCACGUUCCAUCUCACGGACUUUGAUGCCGAGCCAGGCGACGCCUUGCCCGAACGUGAAAUGCUCCAUGUUCUUCGCCAUGAACGCUUGGUCAAGCUCAGAGUCCAGCAAACGAUCCAUUCGCCACACGGAACAGGGACGUUUUCGAGCACGUCGUCGGACUCCAAGUCCUUUGACACCACGGGCGAAAACAAUGGCAAAAUGUAUCCUGCAACGCCGCAGUACAUGUUGCAGGACUCACGGGACAAGAACAUUGACUAUUUGAACUUCAAAGACCAGUCUGCGCUCUCGGAAAUUUCUGAGGCGCUGGCGAGAGAAACAAAAGACGCCAGACGCCCACCAGAAAAGACGAAAGAGGCUCUGGCGAAAAUGCCCAUGCCUUUUGUGCCUAUGAAGCUUUCGAUGCCCAACAGAAGGCCACCACCCAACUCGAAAAUAACCACGCUUCCUCCUUUGACUACGGCAACUCUAGCGCCGGUGUCCCCUAACCCACUGGCUCCAAAGCCUAUUUCAUCUCCUCAACCACAGGCUUCUCCCGUGGCGUCAUCAACAGGCUCCUUCUUGGUGGUGCGCAAAGAGGGCCGAGAAAUCGACUUCGACAAGCGUCGCCAGUCUUCAUCUGAAAGCAAGGCGCCACGGCUCAUCCCCAACAUCUUUUCUUCGUCGGUGACAGAUGUAGCCGUCUCUCCAAUAUCGGCUUCCACAAUUCAUGCGUUGAAGGACGAAAAAUCAACAAAACCUUCAGAUCUAACUCCGGCUGGAUCCGCUUCGAGAGCUCCCUCGCUGGGUUCAGAUAUAGAAAAAGGAGCUAGUUUUGUUGCCAAGCGCAAGGCCCCGCCACCACCGUCCAAGACCAAUUCUAUGUCAAUCCACAAAAAGAACUCCAUGUCCAGCUUCAAUAACAGCAAAUCGGACGAUGCGUCGCUCUCGGGCGAAAGCAUUAAUUCCAUUCGAAGCUCUGUUAGCUGUGCGUCUCGAUUCCAAAGUAUUCAUAGCAAGCCUAGUGCAUUCACAGAGAACAACAUAAGCUUUGUUGACGCCCCUCAACUCGAUACCAGCACCAUUUCCACGGGCAACAGUGGCUCAGACGACGAAGAUUUUUUUAUCAAGCCAACGAAAAAAAUCGUCGGGCCAGCAAAAGUUCUGGAAAUCAACCUCAUGAGUGUGAGACCUCCUGUGGAAGAAGUUUACAGUAAUCUUGAAAAGUAUUUCCCCAAUACUAAUUUGGACAAGCCGAUUAUUGAUGCAUCUACAGACCCAGCUGAAACAAAACCGUCUCAGCCUGCUUCAAGGAAAGUGUCCAUUUCGAGAACGUUUUCCAACGCCAACAUUUCGCCUGUCCAUCCGCAUGAAGAUGGCGACGACGAAUUUUUCUAUGGUGAUGGGCCUAAGCUUCGCCGCAGCAUGAAAUCCAUUCGUAUUGUUGCGAACGAAGCAAGAAUUAAGAGAUUGGCCAGCAUCAGAGCUGCUCGGACCGCAAGCACCAAAGACGCCAAAGAGGUGAAGAACUUUUCUCCCACCUUACACAGAACUAAUACUAAACUUUGGGGCCAGAAAGUGGUGGAAGUGACGUCUGCAGAAAUUGACAAGGGCUUUGUGAGCCGGAUCUCCAACAAGAAUAACGGAGAACUGGAAGAGUUUGCGUGGAUAAAGGGUGAGUUGAUUGGCCGCGGCUCUUUUGGCUCUGUUUAUUUGGCUCUUAAUGUCACCACAGGAGAAAUGUUGGCAGUCAAACAAGUGGUUGUUCAGGGUAAUACGUCCAAUGAGGGAUUGGAUGCGCUCCAUAAGGAAGUCGAAAACAUGAAGGACUUGGACCACCUUAAUAUCGUCCAGUACUUGGGAUUCGAGCAAAAGCAGAAUACUUACCGGUUGUUCUUGGAAUAUGUUGCCGGCGGGUCCAUUUCCUCAUGCUUGAAAUCAUAUGGAAAGUUCGAUGAACAACUCGUUAAGUUCAUCACGAGACAGGUUCUCGAAGGAUUGAAGUACAUCCACUCCAACGGCAUUCUUCACCGUGAUUUGAAGGCGGACAAUCUUUUGCUCGAGGUAGAUGGAACAUGCAAGAUUUCUGACUUUGGCAUCUCCAAAAAAUCAAAGGACAUUUACAGCAACAAUGCUGAAAUGUCCAUGCAAGGCACGGUGUUCUGGAUGGCGCCGGAAGUGAUUCAUAGCAUGGUGGCAGACAAAAAGCAGGGCUACAGUGCCAAAGUCGACAUCUGGUCGCUUGGUUGUGUUGUGUUGGAAAUGUUUGCAGGCAAACGGCCGUGGUCCAACGAAGCAGUGGUGAGUGCCAUUUACAAGAUCGGCAAGACGAAGUUGGCGCCGCCAAUCCCCGAGGAAUUGAGUGACGAGUCGAAAGAUUUCCUCCACAAGUGCUUUACCAUUGAUACAGAAAAGAGGCCUACUGCUGCAGAGUUGUUAGACCAUCCGUUCAUGAGCAUAGACCCCAACUUCUCCUUCAGCAAGACGAGGUUGAGCCAUGUGUUGAACUCUACACGGCGGAGAAUGUAG